CUCCACACUUGGCCUGUAGUCCAACAGUAAGCUGCACAUACAGCUGCCUACUUUAGAUUACAACGAGCUGAGCUGCCUGCGCUCAGCCAUUAUCCAGGCACACUGCCACUUUAGACUCUCCUGCCGCCUAUAAACCUACCACCGCCUCUUCUGACAUCUUCGCGCUGCAACAUGACGCCCACCAAAGACAAUAAGCUGGGCACCCCCAAGGCCGUUAACCCAGAGCUUCAGGCCGGUGGUGGUACGGCAUCGGCCUCUACCACAGCCCGCAAGGUCGAUGCCUUAUCACCGCUCCUUACGCAAUACAUCAAGGCAGUCUACGACGAAAUCACGAAGCGAUACGACUUGACGACAAAAGAAGGACAAUUGAAGUGGCUGACGGAGGAGCAGCAAUGCUCAGGACAGAACGCUGAGCUUCUGGCCGACGGCUCCUUCUCACACUUCGCCAACUACUUCAUGUCAGGCUCGGCAAGUGUCUUGAAACCUGCACAGCCUGUAGACGAGUCGUAUCCAAUCUCCAACUAUUUCAUCUCUUCAAGUCACAACACAUACCUCACCGGCAACCAGCUGUCGAGUGACUCCAGCGUCGAUGCCUACAAGAACGUCUUGAUGCGAGGAUGCCGUUGCGUCGAGGUUGAUGUCUGGGAUGGAGAUGAACUUUCAGAUUCCAGUUCAGACGAGGAAGCUGCCAUGGGAAACCCAGGAUCGGAUGACGCAAGGAAAGAGAAGAAGAAAUCCAAGUCGGGGCUUAGCAUCCGCAAAAGGCUAGGGUUGAAGUUUGGCAGGAAGGGCGACGAGGAGAAAGAAGAACAAACAUCCCAGCCGCCUCAGGAGGAAGAUAACAAGAUCAAGCCCUGGCAUUCUGCUUCAUACACGUCAAGGGCCGAACCUAGGGUACUUCACGGCUACACUUUGACCAAGGAUAUGACUUUCCGCGCUGUAUGUGCCACCAUCAGGGAUUACGCAUUUGCUGCAUCAAACCUGCCACUGAUAGUCAGUCUCGAAGUACACACUGGCCCAGAACAGCAGGAGAUUAUGGUAGAGAUUAUGAACGAGUACUGGAAAGGCAUGCUACUUGAGCUACCUCUAGAUCCCGCCCAGGGUCUAGAUGAAGCUCAUCUACCGACCUUGAAGGAGCUGGAAAAUAAGAUUCUGGUCAAGGUCAAACGUGGGCACAUGAAGCCAGUCGCAGCCGAGCCUCAGCCUACAACGCUAGCCGCACCAGCGUCAGCACCACCACUAAAGCACACCACAAGCGCUGAUUCUGGCACUUCUGAGUCAUCCGAGGUUGGCCCAGAUGGAGAAAAGAAACCCCCCGCGCCGAAACCUAAGAUCAUUGAAGCGCUAUCGCGAUUGGGUGUUUACUUGGGGGGUUAUUCAUACAAGACUCUCGACGCUCCAGAGGCCAAGAUACCUACUCAUGUCUUCUCUUUAUCUGAAGGAACCUUGAUGGAAGUUCACGAGUCCGAUCCUGUACGACUCUUUGAACACAAUAAGCACUUCUUCAUGCGCGCUUACCCCAAGGGCUUGCGACUGACUUCGUCCAACUUGAACCCUUCCGUCUUCUGGCGUGCUGGAGUUCAGAUAGUAGCACUAAACUGGCAGCGCUGGGACGGCGGAAUGAUGCAAAACGAAGCCAUGUUCGCGGGUACAGGUGGCUGGGUUCUCAAGCCUGAAGGCUAUCGUAGCACGAGCCAAGAAGCGACACAGAAGACUGCGAUACCCCAUCACGACCUCGAUUUGAGCAUUGAGUUCCUCGCAGGACAAGACAUCCCUUUGCCCCCUGAGGAAGACGACCCGAAGGACCUCAAGCCUUACGUCAAGGUUGAAUUGCAUGUUGAGUCGCACGAGGAGCGCAACGCUGAACCCGUGCCCGGAAAUGGAAGAAGCCAGAAGGGCGAGUACAAGCAAAAGACGAAGACAACCAGGACCACGGAUCCCGACUUUGGCGGUGAAGUUGUCAAGUUCGCUGGUGUACCCGGCGUUACAGAAGAAUUGACAUUUGUCAGGUUCAAAGUUAUGGAUGACGAAAGGAUUAGCGACGAUCUAGCGGCUUGGGCAUGCUUCCGUCUCGACCGCCUGCAGACGGGUUUACGCAUGCUGCAUUUAUACGACUCAAAUGGUGUCAUCACCAAGGGUGUGCUGUUGGUCCGCAUCAAGAAGACGGUCAGUACGGCUUGAAAAACUAUUCGUUAUUCCUGACCGCUACUGUUGUUGUCUCUUUCCUUGGAGCCGGUGCACUUCUUGGUGCGACUCCAUGCUAAUGCACUGCUAGUUGUUUCCGAGAGGUGCGAGGGUUCAGCGUGGGAAACAAUUUGAUCAUGAGAGUCUACAUCGUCAUCAGCGUCUUUACCACCAGUUGAGAGAUGAGAGACAUCGGCAGCGUGGUGGUCUACGCGGGAG